AUGUUGAAGACAUCUCCAAUUCUCACCGGCUCAGCCAAUGCGUCGCCUACCAGCUUUCGCCGCGGUCAUGCAACGCCUCCGUCCCCCCAAGCAUCUCCUCGAUUGGCACCAUCAACCUCGACCGCACGUCUGCAUCGGUCAGCGACUACGUCUUCGCCAAAGGCUACCUCCAAUUCCCCUCGUCGCCGGCACGCGAAACCAAUCGAACCGGCUGUCGACGGCCGUGUGCAUCAUGACGGUGUCACUUCGCGCCAGAAGAUCAACCAACUCCCUCCAUCGCCGCAGCCCCAGCCCCAACACAUUGUCACGCCUGCGGCUUCCGGCUCUCUGCCAAGCGGAACACCUGCGCACCCUCAAUUAUCAACCGGAUCUGACAACGAUGCUCAGAAAGUCUUGUCACCAAACAAGCGAAGGGUGUCUCCUGGUCACCUGAGUGAUGAUACGCCCGCCACCUCACAGACUGGUGAGAGCAUUGCGGGUCGUGCGCCAUCAUCUGCAAUAACUACUGCGCCGAAGCGAGCAAGGACUAGUGGGGAACCAAAAAUUUUGCCUCAGCGCUACGAGCUUUGUGCAGUAGAAGACAUUGUGGAGCUGAUAGCUCACAUGUUGGCUGAGUUGAUUUCGACAAAUGACGCCAUUCGGAUAUCGAGCGGAGGGUUAACACGUUUUCAUUCCAGGACUGCGCCAGGCAUAUCUGUACGAGACUACCUUCACCGCCUGGCGAGACACGCUACACUUACACCUCCUCUACUUCUCUCCAUGGUGUAUUACAUUGAUCGUUUAUGCGCCUUGUAUCCGGAAUUCACGAUAAACACUCUCACGGUUCAUCGAUUCUUGAUCACAGCAGCCACUGUAGCUGCCAAGGGGCUUUCCGACUCAUUCUGGAACAACACGACUUACGCUAGGGUUGGCGGCGUCCGGGUUGCCGAGUUGAAGAUGUUAGAGCUAGAGUUUCUCUAUAGGGUGGAUUGGAAAAUCGUGCCUAAUCCAGAGGUGCUCGUUGCAUACUAUCGGGGUUUGGUAGAGCGGACACCGCAAUACGCACUGGAGUCCGACGGUUCCUCAGACGACUCGUCCAUUGGUGACGAUGAAGAUGUUGAUGAAGAGGAACAGAGGCGGCAGCAGAAAGAGGAGGCUCAAACUUGGCAGGAGUAG